CGCGACGGUGGCCGAUAGUGGUCUCACCGCGUGGGACCGCACUGCACCUCCCAGAGAGGUGCGCCUGCGCAUUGUGCUGGUCUCCAUGGCGGGGCCUCGGAGCCAAGACGAGAGAAAAUGCUGCUGUGAAGACACAGUUAUAACUUUCACAUAAAUGAAGCUACAACUGUUAUUUAGUGACCCCCAAAAGGAAGAACUUUGGUGAACAUGAAAGAACAUUCUGGGGGUGGCAGAAUGCUUAAGGACUGGAAUUUAAACUUGAGCCACUGCCUGAAGCUACUAAACAGUAGGAGAAAAUGGAAUUGAGUAUGAUGCCAGCAUGGAACAGUCUAAUGAUUCAUUAAGAGUCAACUGUAAUGAUGGUGAAGAGUCAAAAACAGAGGCUCAGGAAUUUGAGCAUCUAACCUGUAUGGACUCUAGGGAUUCUUCUUUUGGACAAAAUGAUUCUCCUACAGUUUUGCCCAUUUCUGAUCCUCAAGCAAAUAAUUCACUCAUUUCACAGAAUAUACAAGGGCCCCUAACUCAGACACAGACUCUUUCUGCAGAGGAGUUCCAUCUAGUAGAUCAAAAUGGACAAUCUGUUCCAUAUGAACUUCAUUCACUGGGGGAUUCUAAUGCACAAAUGAUGAUCGUUGCUAGCCCAUCAGAAAAUGGACAGGUGCUCCGUGUAAUUCCAUCUACCCAAUCAGGAAUGGCACAAGUGAUUAUACCACAGGGGCAGCUUGCAGAUAUAAAUAGUCCUCAGGAUGUCUCUGAAGAGAAACCCAGUGAUAGAAACUUACCAGCUGUAAGAGUGGAUGCUCCAGCAGACAACACCAGUAGUUACAUUCUUCAUCCACAAGCAUCUCUCGGUUUGCCCAAAAAAUCAGCAACCAGAAUGCUUGAAGAACCUUUGCUGGCUCCUCUUCAACCACUUUCUUCUAACACACCUAUAUGGGCCUGCCGACUUAGGAGCUGUGAGAAAAUUGGAGAUUCAUACCGUGGCUACUGUGUAAGUGAAACUGAAUUAGAAAGUAUCCUAACAUUUCACAAGCAGCAAACACAGAGUGUUUGGGGGACCCGCCAGUCUCCAAGCCCAGCCAAGCCUGCUACACGCUUGAUGUGGAAAUCCCAAUAUGUUCCAUAUGAUGGAAUUCCAUUUGUCAAUGCAGGGAGUAGAGCUGUGGUAAUGGAGUGUCAGUACGGGCCAAGAAGGAAAGGUUUCCAGUUAAAAAAAAUCAGUGAGCAGGAAAGCAGGUCAUGUCAGCUCUACAAAGCUACUUGUCCAGCCAGGAUUUACAUUAAAAAGGUACAGAAGUUUCCUGAAUAUAGAGUACCUACAGACCCCAAAAUUGACAAGAAAAUAAUCAGAAUGGAACAGGAGAAAGCUUUUAAUAUGCUAAAGAAGAACUUGGUAGAUGCUGGUGGUGUUCUUAGGUGGUAUGUACAGUUACCUACACAGCAAGCUCAUCAGUAUCACGAAUUAGAGACUUCCUGCCUCCCUUUGUCACCUUCCCCUUUUCCUGUGUCUUCUCUUGAAGAAGAGGAAACUACAGUUAGAGAUGAGAAUUGUGCAUUGCCAUCACGUCUGCAUCCUCAAGUAGCCCAUAAAAUUCAAGAAUUAGUAUCACAGGGAAUAGAACAAGUAUAUGCAGUAAGGAAACAGCUAAGGAAAUUUGUGGAAAGAGAACUGUUCAAACCUGAUGAGGUACCUGAAAGACAUAAUUUAUCUUUUUUUCCAACUGUAAAUGAUAUAAAAAAUCACAUCCAUGAGGUACAGAAAUCCUUGAGAAAUGGAGAUAUGGUAUAUAACUCAGAGAUUAUUCCAGCAACGCUUCAGUGGACUACAGAUAGUGGGAAUAUUCUCAGAGAGACUGUGACAGUUACAUUUGCAGAAGGAAAUUCACCAGGAGAAUCAGUUACCACCAAAGUGGAAGCAAAUCAGGCUGGGUCUUCUUUGUCUCCAGAACCAACCCACUUACUCUCCUCACUUUCCUCAUUUCAGCCCAAAAUAUUUACACAAUUACAGGGUUUGCAGUUACAACCACGAUUUACCUCUCCUGAUGGAUCACCAGCUUUGGUAUCAGUAAAUAACCACCCCUCUUCCAGUCCAUCAAGACUUCUGGAUUCGGUAGAAAAUGAUGUAAUGAAUAGUAAUUCUCUACUUCUUGGUCAAAGUCAUAGCCUUCAAACAGAUACAUGCCUAACCCAAAAUAAUAGUACUGCCUCUACCAUGGGUAAUCUCCCAGAACCAGAUCAAAAUCUAGUUGCAGUGGAUCAGCUGGUGGAAGUUGAAGAUAUUGAGACGGAGAAUCUGGAAGGAAGUAUCCAAAGGAUUCUCUUGCGAGAUGUGCAGACCAUUCCAAUACGGAUUAUAGAUAACCACCCAGCUCUUAUUGAAGAAAACCCAGAAGGUACUAUUUCUAUGAACCAAGUUAAACAAGAACCCAAAGAACCAACAUUGUCCUUGGAAGCAAAAAAAAUUGGACUGUAAGAAAUUAUCUGCUACAUAAAUUAUUGAAGCUUUUCAGAAUUUACAACUCUGGUGACUUCUGAUGUUUUAGAAAAGAAGGUGAAUAUUAUUAAAGCACAGCAUUGUGAUAACUGGACUGAAGACUGAUGAGCAGCUUUGAUUUAAAACUGGUAUUUUUGUUGCCAAGUUCAUAUUUUAACCUGUAUUAAGAAAUAUUUUGCCCUUCUUAUUUUGUGUAAUUGUUAUGCUUUUUGGUUAUCUAAUAAGUCGGUAUUUCAAAAGAUUGUUUGAAUUUACCCAUAGUAAUUUAGUCCAAACAUGAACACUUAUCUAACAUUUCUGGAAAUAUCCAGUUUGGUUCAUGUAACACAAAAAAGAAUAACA